UCCGGUCGCAGUUCAGGGCACGAAAGCGGCGAUGAAUUAUAGCGACGAACACUCGAUUGGGGACGGCUUGGAGUGGAUGGCCGUCUGGAAUCAGGCUAUGGUCCAGAGUGAAGAUCUGGUCACUGCGGCCACGGCUACGGCCACCCGCGCUAAGGAACCGCCAAAAGCGAUACUACCGAUCCGUACGGCCAGUGGGGCGGCAAUCGUACGCCACAUAACGACCAGUGGCGUAAAGGCGCGCAUCACUUACAUGUGCACACAUGGUGGCAAAUUUCACUGGUACGAGACCAUUAAUGUGAAAGCGCCGGCGCCGCACAUUUGGCACAUACGGCUCGACCGGACCGACAAACGCAACGCCGUCUCACGUUUAAUGUUGCAGGAGAUCGUCGAUUGUUUUGACCGCAUCGGCACAGACCCCGAGUGCCGGGCGGUGGUGCUGUCGGGCGCCGGUGAGUGCUUCUCAGCCGGUAUGGACUGUCGCGACGUGUCGGCCAUCGUGAAGGAGGGCAUCGCCGCUCACACGAUGGCCAACAUCAUGGCCGAGCAUGGCGACGCCGAGCCCACUCAACCCGCUCACAUCCCUACAGACAUAUCGCGUAGAGGGGCUCACAUCCGGCGGGCGACCCGACAAUGGCAAGGCUCGCUUAACACGAUCGCCGAGUGUCCUGUGCCAGUGGUGGCGGCCAUACACGGCCCCUGUAUUGGCGCUGGUCUGGUGUUGGCACUGGCAGCUGAUGUACGCCACUGUUCGGCCGACGCCUACUUCUCCAUACGUGAGGUGCGCAUAGGUAUGGCCGCCGAUAUGGGUUCGUUACAACGGGUGCCUAAGUUGAUGGGCAACCGAUCGCUGGCCCGUGAGUUGGCCUUCACCGGUAGGGAUAUGCCGGCGGCUGAAGCGCUGGCACAGGGUUUGGUGAGUGCCGUGACUGAUGGCGCGGGU